AUGAAGAUCUAUGAAGCCGAGGUUUGGGUGAAACCCUGGACGGACUUGAAACAAUUCAAACACUUCAAGCUUUCUGAUCAAGCACCAUCGUCUAACUCUGCUGAUGCUGAUGUUGGUGUCAAAAAAGGCAUGGCGAACGAGAACGAGCCCGCGAAGCAGCUUUUACCACACCUUCAACGCAUCGAUGAAUUGCAAAAGUUGCUCAUUACUAAAGUAAAUGGUGGAGAAAAAAGUAUCAGUGAUGCUCAUGGAAAUGAUUACUGGAUCCUCAAACUCUGUUUCAUGUUACAAACUCUUGAUGCCAUGGAGAAAAAAGUUCUUGGCGUUUGCUUUGGUCACCAGGUACUAUGCAGGGCUUUGGGUGGAAGGAUAGAGCAGAAACAAAAAUAUGCAGCAUGGGAAGCAGCUGAUAUAGGAAAGCAGCUCUCCAUCAACCACAUUAAACUAUACUUAUUAACAAGGGUCUGA